GCGAGUCCCGCGGUCCCUGUAGCGGGAGCGGCUCUCUGGUUCAGCUUCACAUCGGGCGCCUGUCCUCGAACUGUCGGCCCAGGAUGGACCCCGAGGAGGAAGCGGCGGCACUGGCGAUGGCUACGGGGCCGCCGGCGGAACGGCUCCAGGAGCCGGUGACUUUCCGGGACGUAGCUGUGGACUUCACCCAGGAGGAGUGGGGGCAGCUGGGCCCUGCCCAGAGGACCCUGUACCGUGACGUGAUGCUGGAGACCUUCGGGCACCUGCUCUCUGUGGGGCCUGAGCUUCCCAAACCCGAAGUCAUCUCCCAGCUGGAGCAAGGGGCUGAGCUAUGGGUGGCAGAGAGAGGAAUUGCCCAGGGCUGCUGUCCAGGCUGGGAGCCUGGACCUGAGGGCCGAGCACCGCCCCAGGAGCAGGGCCUUCCUGAGGAGAAGGGGCGGGAAGGCUUCCUGGGGGAGGCUCCAUGUCCCGCUACACCGGGGGAAGACUGGGAACGUGAGGGCCGGGUACAGGGGCCCGAGAAGGACCAGGGUAAUUUGAGGCAAUUGGAAUUCAGCCUCAAGGAAGCACUGGUUCAAGGUGGAAGCCACGAAAGUCUCAGACUUGGGGAAAACUGUGUCCUGCGUCCAAACCCAAAUCCCCUCGCAGAGACUUCCAGGACAGAGUGUUUGUGUGCUCCCGACUCAGGGCUUACAAGCUCGCAGCAGAACCCGAGUCCAGCCGGUGAGCAGAUGUGCUCCUCGGGAAGACAGCCGCGUGACAACAGUGACCGCAGCAGCUCUUCCGGUCAGGCGGUUCUGGAGCCAGAACCCGAGCCUGCGCGCAGCCAGGUGCCGGACAAACCCUACAAGUGCGCGGACUGCGGCAAGUCCUUCAACCACAACGCGCACCUCACGGUGCACCGGAGGAUCCACACGGGGGAGCGGCCGUACGCGUGCAAGGAGUGCGGCAAGGCCUUCAGCCAGAACUCCUCGCUGGUGCAGCACGAGCGCAUCCACACGGGCCACAAGCCCUACAAGUGCGCGGACUGCGGCAAGUCCUUCUGCCACAGCACGCACCUCACGGUGCACCGGAGGAUCCACACCGGGGAGAAGCCCUAUGCGUGCCAGGACUGCGGGCGGGCCUUCAACCAGAACUCGUCCCUGGGCCGCCACCGGCGCACGCACACCGGGGAGAAGCCGUUCACCUGCAGCGUGUGCGGCAAGGCCUUCUCGCGCACCACGUGCCUGUUCCUGCAUCUGAGGACGCACACGGCCGAGAGACCCUACGAGUGCAGCCGCUGCGGCAAGGGCUUCCGGCACAGCUCGUCCCUGGCGCAGCACCAGCGCAAGCACGCCGGCGAGGGCCCCUACGACUGCCGCCAGAGGCUGGCCUUCGAGCCCACGCCGGCGUGGCCGGAGCCCCUGACCCCUGGGGAGGGGGCUCCCCGCAGCGACAGGCCCUUCAGGUGCGGCCAGUGUGGCAAGUGUUUCACGCAGAGCUCGCACCUCAUCCGACACCAGAUAACGCACACCAGGGAGGAACCCCGAGGCCGGGGCCGGCGGCGCCCGCAGCCCUGCGGCCGGAGCCCGCACCUCGGGCGGCACCAGCUCGGGCCCACGGGCGAGAGCCCCGGGGCCGGGACGAAGGCAGGGCAGCCCGCAGGCAGGGCACUGGCCCUGUUUGACAUCCACGAAAUCAUGCAAGAGAAAAACCCAGUGCAUGUUAUUGGGGUGGAAGAGCCUUCCGUGGGCACGUCCGUGUUGUUUGACAUCAGAGAAUCCACCUAGGGGAGAAACUCUGCGGAUGACUUUUGAACCACAGGUACAAAAAUGUGGUAAGUCCUACAACGUGUAUUUAUGGAAGGGGGACUGGGGUAGAAAUGCCCUGUUUUCCUAAGGAAAUGACGCUUCCCAAACACCUGAGAUCAGUGGUUCUCCAAUCUAUCAAGCCCAGUACCCUGAAAUGAAUUCACAGGUAAUGUAACCCACACACGUGUAAUGUUGAAAAAUCCAUACGUGCCCCCAUUUUGUAAAGGAUAAUUAAAGCGAAAGUAAUUUACAGUAGGGUAACGUGUGC